CCCCCGCCCCCCACUUCCUCCGGCCUCUCGCUCUCACUUCCUUCUCGACCGACCAGCCAGCCGCCGCUGCCGCCGCCCCCAGCUCCCCCGCAGCGGGGAGGGCACCAGGUCAUUACAUCCAGAGGGUCCCAGAAAGGGAAGGAGGCAGUGCCUCCGCUGCAGCAGCUGCACUCACGAUGCAAAGCAUCAAGUGUGUGGUGGUGGGCGAUGGGGCUGUAGGCAAGACAUGCCUGCUCAUCUGCUACACUACUAACGCCUUCCCCAAGGAAUACAUCCCCACAGUGUUCGACAAUUACAGCGCCCAGAGUGCAGUUGAUGGGCGCACAGUGAACCUGAACCUGUGGGACACAGCGGGCCAGGAGGAGUACGACCGCCUCCGCACACUCUCCUACCCUCAGACCAACGUCUUUGUCAUCUGUUUCUCCAUUGCCAGUCCACCCUCCUAUGAGAAUGUGCGGCACAAGUGGCAUCCAGAGGUGUGCCACCACUGCCCAGAUGUGCCCAUUCUCCUGGUGGGCACCAAGAAGGACCUGAGAGCCCAGCCUGACACCCUGCGGCGCCUCAAGGAGCAGGGCCAAGCACCCAUCACACCGCAGCAGGGCCAGGCACUGGCCAAGCAGAUCCAUGCUGUGCGCUACCUCGAGUGCUCAGCCCUGCAGCAGGACGGCGUCAAGGAAGUGUUUGCUGAGGCUGUCCGGGCUGUGCUCAACCCCACACCGAUCAAGCGUGGGCGGUCCUGCGUCCUCUUGUGACCCUGGCACUUAGCUUGCAGGCUGCCCCUGCCCCCCCACCAGUUGUGCCUUGGCGCCUUGUCUGCCCCCAGCUGUGCCUUGAGGACUAAUUCUGGCACCCCUUGCCAGGGGGCUCCCUGAAUGCCUGUUUCUCCUUAAGGAGGCCCACAGGGAAAGGGGCUUCGGGUCCUGCCCCAGUCUGCUUGGGAACACCAGGUAUUCUUGAGAGCUCACCCAGGCCAAGGUUGGACCCCUCCCCAAGAAGCCAACUCAGUGCCCUGUCCCCUGCAGCUUUUCACACAGAUGUUGCUGCCUAUCUAUUGUGGUGCCUUCUCUCAGGUUAGGAGCUCUCAGCCAUCCUUAACCUCUCCCUUGCUGCUCUUCAAAUUGCUCCCCCCUCAAGAUACUCUCUCCCUUCCCCAAUGGAGCCACAAAAUCCUGAGAAGAUGAAUGUUCCCUAACUUACCCCCAUGUGCCCAGGCCUUAUGCAUUGCUGACUGACUCAGCCCCUCCACCCAGGCUCCUACCCCCAUCAGCAUCAAUAAAACCUCCUGUCUCCAGUG